AGGUAGAGGGGAAUAGUCGUUGAGUAACGGAUCGGCUUCGGCAGAGUUUGGUUGUUCAAAAGUUUUUGUUGUUAGUUACUCGUGAAUAUGUCUACAAAUUGUUUCUUGUGAUCGCGUCCAGUGGAUUUCUAGUUGUCGAAAUGUAUUUUCGUCGGGCUUCCGCCAAUUUAUACGUGUUUAUCAAACAAAGUUUCCGUGAAGCUUUGUCAAGUCUCAGGUAACCCAACUACAGGUGUGUUUUGUUGAAGGCCCAGGUGCUUAUGAUGUGUGCUUUUACAAGUGUUUCAUCGAUCAAGCUUUUGCUUGGUGUGAGUGCAGUAAAUUAUCGUGUUUUAUGAGAUUGUUAUUCAUGAGUUUCUCACAUAGAAACCACUCAAGUUCUUAAAUUUAUCAACUAAGUUCGGUUCUCGAAAAAUCAACGACACCAAGUUCACAAUGGUAACCUGUGCUUGUCGAAAGUUCAAAAGUUCUUCGAAGAGUAGAACCCGUAUGAAAAUCAUGGAUUUAACUGAGAGGAUUUGCAGUUUUAGGACUGGAUAUUUAUUACGGAGAACGAUUUUUCAGCCGAAGCUUCUAUUUCUUUUGUGUCUGUCGUCAGUUGUUCCUUUCACUCGAACAGAAUCGCUGCAAGCGCCUCGCUUCAUCACGCAACCCAGCUCGUCCACGAAUAUUGUCAGCGAAGGACGGACAAAAAUUCUACAGUGCCAAGCCUUAGGUUACCCUCAGCCGCAGUACAGGUGGAUAAAGGACGGCGUGGAGUUGGGUGAUUUUAGUUCCGAACACUUUUAUAAAAUUUUGAACACCAAAAGAGAAGAUGGCGGAAGUUAUCAAUGUAUCGCCAAUAACGAAGUGGGAUCGAUACUUAGCGAAAAAAUUGAUGUUACUGUUGCAUAUAUGGGUGUUUUCGAGGAUCAAACAGAGCAAAGCAUUACAGUGGAAUGGGGGCAGCCGGCAGUUUUGGAGCUUCCACUCAUCCAAAGUCAUCCGGAGCCUCUUGUCUUUUGGCAAGCAGACGACGGCACUUCACUCUACGAUCGAAAGUAUGCUGACACUGCAAAACACCAACUGGUCAUACUGGCCGCUAAUGAGAAUGACCAGAAAGCGUACAGGGCACGAGCAACGAACACACAGCUGGGCAAAGAGGAGAACAGUCCCUACAUUCGACUGGUUGUGAAAGGAUCGGAGACCGGCCAGGAGAUCGCCCCUCAAAUUGUUGUCAAACCUUUCGACAUGAACAUCAUCAAGGGUCAACUUGUCACUGAUUUGCAGUGCAUUGUUAACGCUUGGCCCCUCCACGAGCUGGAAACUCUGUGGCUGAAAGACGGCAUCCCAAUAGAGAACACAGGCGUGAAUCACAACCUGAAAUACCCGUGGAACAGCACUCUGUCCCUGCUCAAUGCCAACCUGACGCAUACGGGCCGUUAUAGGUGUCAGGCCAGGCUGCGGACGGGUGGAUUUCCCACUGUCACCGCAGAUGCCAAUGUCGUUGUGCUUGAGAGUCCCUCGUUUGUGACAAUUCUUCGUCCUGAAACGCUGGUCGAGUAUGGAGCUCUAGUCAAACUGCCUUGUGAAGCUAUAGGCGUGCCCGCUCCUAAUAUAACAUGGCUCAGAAACACCUACGAUGUCACACUAAUGCCGAAUAGCGACAGGUAUCAAAUUGAGGAAGACGGUACUUUGAUCAUAAAAAAGCUGAAAAUGGAUGAUACUGGUAUGUUUCAAUGUGUGGCUACCAAUGAAGCUGGUUCUGACUCAAUAACAACUUGGCUCAAAGUGAAAACAUCUGCACCAAUAAUGGAACUGGCACCUCAGAAUGUGACCAUCCUGGACGGAAAGGACGCCAUCAUGAAUUGCCGCGUAGCUGGUGCUCCAACACCCAACAUCACAUGGAUCUAUGAAGACAAAGACACAGUGGACGUGACGGGCCGCAUCCAGUUGCUGGAAACGGGUGACCUGUUGAUUGCGGCUGUCAGGGAGACGGAUGGCGGCAAGUACGCUUGCGUGCGUGCCAACGAGGCGGGGCGGGUGGAGGGGGCGGGAUACCUGACUGUGUUGGUGAGGACGCAGAUCAUCCAGCCACCCGCCGACACCCGGGUGCUGCUGGGUAACACUGCCACUCUACAGUGCAAGGUGUCCAGUGACCCCACUGUGCCCUAUCAGGUCGACUGGUUCCACAAUACGCAACCUCUGGGCUUCGGCGGCCAACGAGUCAGCGUGAAGGGCGACGGUACGCUGGUGAUACAAGCUGUGCGUGCCGCGGAUGUGGGCGACUACGCAUGCGUGCUGACAUCGCCGGGCGGAAACGAGACGCGCACGGCCAAGCUGAGCGUGAUCGAACUACCAUUCGCGCCGACUGCGGUUCGAGCCGCGCGACUCGACGAAUCUAGUCGCGAGAUCAACCUGACCUGGGCGCCUGCGUUCGACGGAAACAGCGCCAUCUUGAAAUACAUUGUGCAGAGGCGGGAGGUGUCUGAUUUGGAGUUUACAGGGCCAAUCCCCGAUCAGCUGUCCAACUGGGUGACGGAGCUGAGCGACGUGGCGGCCGAAGCGAGGUCUAUCGUUCUCAGCAGCCUCAAGGCGGCGUCGGCCUAUCAGUUCCGUGUCAGUGCCGUCAACAGUGUCGGCGAAGGCACGCCUUCCGACCCCAGCAAUGUCAUACAACUGCCGCAGGAACCUCCAUCGGGCCCUCCAAUCGGUUUCGCUGGCUCCGCAAGAUCGUCGUCAGAAAUCAUCACUCAAUGGCAACCUCCCUUGGAAGAGCAUAGGAAUGGCCAGAUACUUGGCUACGUCAUACGUUAUCGGCUCUUUGGCUACAAUGACAGUCCUUGGACCACACAGAAAAUUGCUAACGAAGCACAGAAGAACUAUCUUAUCCAAGAGCUUAUUACCUGGAAGGACUAUGUACUACAGAUUGCCGCAUUCAAUAAAGAGGGUGUUGGAGUCUUCAGUGAUGGAAUAAAGAUAAAAACUAAGGAAGGAGUGCCAGAAGCAGCUCCUACUGGUGUGAGAGCAAUAUCAGUCAACUCGACUGCAGUGCAAGUUUGGUGGAAGCCUCCUCAUCCUCAGAAAAUAAACGGAAUCAACCAGGGAUACAAGCUGCAGGCUUAUAAAGGUAACAAAGUGGCCCGCCUGAUGACAGUGCCACCCAGCCUGUUCGACCCGCUGGCUCAGCAGAGCGCCUACAUGACCAAACUGGACAAGUUCACCGAGUACAACAUUACCGUGCUCUGCUUUACGGACCCGGGAGACGGCCUCCAGAGUGACAUGGUGUCCGUCCGCACCGAAGAGGACGUCCCAGACCAGGUGGCCAGUCUGCAGUUCGACGAAAUCUCCGACCGCGCCGUCAAAGUGGUCUGGACGCCACCCUUGCAAACCAACGGGGUUCUGUUAGGUUACACGUUGAUCUACAUGAUCAAAGACAAAACGGACACUAUCAAAUCGGAGAAUCUUACUGCUGAAACGUUAUCCUUGAAGGUGAACAACCUACAAGCUACGACUCAUUACAGGUUUGAAGUUAGCGCGUGGACUAGAAUCGGUACGGGUCCUUCACGUAUCGCGAUCAUUCAAUCGGGGGUUGAACCUGUGUUGCCACUUCCCCCCACAAAGCUAGCAGUGACUAACAUUGAGGCGUUCUCAGUUGUUUUACAGUUCACACCGGGUUUCGACGGGAAUUCGUCGAUAUCGAAGUGGACCGUUGAAGCGCAAACUAAACGAAACUCGACGUGGUUCACGAUUUUUGAAGAGUCAAACCCUGAAGCGACCACGUUAACUGUUGUGGGUUUAGUGCCGUUUACAAUGUACAGGUUACGGUUGGUGGCUUGUAAUGUGGUGGGACCCUCGCAACCUUCCGACCCCACCAAGGAGUUCCAAACUAUACAGGCGCCACCUUCACACCCUCCUCGUAAUGUAACUGUGCGCGCCAUGAGUGCUAAUGAGUUGAGAGUUAGGUGGAUUCCGUUACAAGCUUCAGACUGGUUCGGCAACCCUAGAGGCUACAAUAUCUCCUGUAAGGAAGUCAACGGUCGUGCGCAUAGUGUUACAAUCGAAGACUCCACGGCUAACUCCCACAUUCUCGAUAACUUAGAAGAGUUCGCCCAGUAUGAGAUAACUGUAACCGCUUUCAACGAUGUGGGAAGCUCUAGGCCGAGUCCGGUAGCUAUUGAAAGAACCAGGGAGUCUGUUCCGAGUUUUGGACCGAUGAACGUGGAAGCUAACGCGACCUCCUCCACUACGAUUCUAGUGAAAUGGGGAGACGUCCCUCAGGAACACCGUAACGGACAGAUUGAGGGGUUCAAAGUGUUCUACGGAAUGGGACCCCGCUCACCCCAUCCUGUGCAGGUCAAGGAUAUCCCAUCAAACACCACAUUCACAACUACGUUGACAGAGCUACGUAAAUAUGUAGUGUACAGUAUUCAAGUACUGGCCUACACAAGGCUGGGAGACGGUGCCCUAAGUUCACCACCAAUCAGAGUGCAGACUUUCGAAGAUGUUCCGGGGCCUCCGAGUAACGUAUCAUUUCCGGACGUAUCGUCGACGACAGCGCGUAUCAUCUGGGAUGUGCCCGACGAGCCUAAUGGUGAGAUUCUGGCCUACAGAGUCACCUACAGGCUGCAUGCGGUUGGCAGUAUGAACUUUUCAAGGGAAUUCCCUCCGUCAUCGAGAACUUAUAGAGCAAUGGACUUGGAAUCGGAGCAGUACUACCUGUUCUCGGUGACGGCGCAGGCGCGACUCGGCUGGGGCAAGACGGCCACCGCACUGGUCUACACCACCAACAACAGGGACACCCCCCAGCCGCCCUCUGUGCCCCAGCUGUCGCGCAGUCAGGUGCAGGCGCAUCACAUCACCUUCAGCUGGACCCCCGGCAGUGACGGAUAUGCUCCUCUCAGGUAUUACCAAGUGCAAUUAGCAGAAGGCCUAGGCCCGUGGCAGGCGAUCAGUGAGCGUGUGGACCCGCAGGUGACCUCCUACACAGCAACCGGCCUCAAGCCGUUCACCAGCUAUCGCUUCCGCAUCCAGGCCGUCAACGACAUUGGCCCUUCAGGCUGGAGCACUGAGUCGCCCAACGUCAGGACUCUGCCCGCUGCUCCUAGCAAACCUGUGUCUGGAGUCAAGGUUGUUCCGAUCACAACGACGAGCGUGCAAGUGUCGUGGGAACCGAUUGAGACGGAGUACUGGAGUGGUGACAAAUCCACUGGAGGCUAUCGCAUUGUUUUCCAGCCGGUUUCCGAUUUCCCAAUUUCUCUGCAAGCCACGCCUAAGCAAGAUGUUCAGGGCACUAAGACCAAUCAAGUGGUGCUGAACGACCUAACACGUGACCGUAACUACGAGAUAGUGGUGGUGCCGUUCAACUCUCAGGGCAGCGGCCCGACUAGUCGUCCGGUGGCCGUCUACGUGGGGGAGGCCGUGCCGACGGGGGAGCCACGUCACGUGCAGGGGGAACCCGUGUCCCCCACUGAGGUGCGUCUGCGCUGGGAGCCCCCCCAGCAGCAGCAGCAGAACGGUGAUUUACUCGGCUAUAAAAUCUUCUACCUAGCGACGGACCUCCCACAACAACUGGGCCCCGACGAGAAGGUAGAGGAGGAGCUGGAAGUAGUGCCGGCCACUUCGAGCUCUCACUCGCUGGUGUUCCUGGACAAGUACACGGGCUACCGCAUCCAGAUGCUGGCCUUCAACCCGGCCGGCGACGGGCCGCGGUCGGAGCCGAUCACGGUGAAGACAUUGCAGGGUCUGCCCGGGCCGCCGGUCGAGCUGCGGUUCACUGACAUCACCAUGACCAGUCUGCUUGUCAGCUGGGAUCCGCCCAAGAAGCGCAACGGAGAGCUGGUCGGAUAUAUCGUCACUUAUGAGACCGCUGAGCAGGAUGAGAAAUUUAGCAAACAAGUGAAACAGAAGGUGUCUGAAACGAGCCUGCUGAUCCAGACGCUGGAAGAGGAGGUGACAUACACAUUCACAGUGCGCGCGCAGACAGUGGACAGUGGCCCUCCGGUGAGAGGCAACGUGACGACGGGGCCGCAGGAGGGGUCACCCGCCACGCCCAAGGAGUUGGUGGUCGGCAAAACGGUGUCCAGUGUCGACCUGCACUGGCUCAACCGCGCAUCCGGCAAGGGACCCAUUCUCGGCUACUACAUUCAGUGCAAACGCAAAGUCAUGGAACAAUGGCAAGUUUAUGACACAAGAUGGACAACAGUAACGAAAACUAGUAACGGGCCGUUAGAAGAGUUCACAGUUUCCUAUCAGAACCUGCUUCCAUCGACAGCCUACAAUUUCCGGCUCAUAGCUUACAAUAAGUUCGGAAUCAGCUGUCCUGCCUACUCAGAAGAUGUGGUUCUAACACCAUCGAAGCUAUACCUGGAGUACGGCUACUUGCAGAUGAAGCCAUUCUACCGACAGACGUGGUUCGUGGUGGCUCUGGCAGCCGGAUCAAUCGUCGUCAUCAUUAUGGUGGUCGCCGUGCUCUGUGUCAAGAGCAAAAGCUACAAAUACAAACAAGAAGCGCAGAAAACGCUGGAAGAAUCGAUGGCAAUGGACAUAGACGACCGGCAGCAGCUGGCGAUGGAGUUGUACCGGUCGCGACACGGGGGUGGGGGCGGUGGAGGCGGAGGCGGCACCCUAGGCAAACGUAGCACGCUGUCCAGGAAGACCCUGCCGCCCCCAGGGCCACCCAUGAUGGGCAAGUCGCCGCCCCGGCCUAGUCCCGCCUCCGUCGCCUACCACAGCGACGAGGAGAGCCUCAAGGGCUAUGAUGAGAAUCCGGAUGACUCCAGUGUCACCGAGAAGCCCAGUGAGAUUAGCUCCUCCGAUUCACAGGGAUCGGAGAGUGAAAACGAGAGCGUGCGCUCAGACCCGCACUCGUUCGUGAACCACUACGCCAACGUCAAUGACUCACUGCGUCAGUCGUGGAAACGCCAGAAACCGGUUCGCAACUACUCGAGCUACACAGACUCGGAGCCAGAGGGCAGCGCCGUCGUCAGCCUUAACGGCGGUCAAAUCAUCAUGAACAACAUGGCCCGGUCAAGGGCGCCGUUACCCGGCUUCUCGUCGUUCGUAUGAUACGACACGUCGCCGCUGUUUGCGCAUAGUGAUAUGAUGAAACUAGGACAAAACGAUCGAUCCAAACGUGGUGAUGAUCAAACCAAAUCGACUCUCACCGAUCAAACUAAAUCGGCACCUAAUGAUCAAACGAAACUGGUUCAAACUGAAAAACAAUCGCCCAGUGUUAAACUGUCAAUUUUUAAUCCCCAAAACAAUGAUGACAAAAUUGAUUAAAAUUAAUCAAUUAUUCACAUCUGACUGGUCAUAUUCAAUGUUGAAGUAGUCAUGUUUUUAAUCCUUGAAACGGGCCGUUUGUAAUCGUUGUUUACAAACUAUGUUCUAAUUCCAUUGUAAUGAUGUUGAACUAAAUUGAUCAAAACUGAUGAAACAAACUCACAGCUAAACUGAGUAUUCUUAUAUUGUGAAAUAGCCAUGUAAAUGUGUUUGUAGAAUGCUAAUUCUUGAAGCAAAGUGAAUCGAAAUUAUUACAGACUGUUCAACCAUUCUAGCAUUGUAAAUAAUGCGAAUGUAAACAAGCGAAUGUAUUCUUUAAAAUUUAAAACAAAAUUCGAACCGUUCAAUCAUCCAGUGUUCAAUACUGGUGAUCCUGAAUCCUUGAAAUGAUGUAAAACUUUCCCAUAAGACUACCUACCUUCAGUGUCAUAUGAUUAUUAUAAAGUUGUUUUGUUGUACGAUAAACUCACGGUAUAUAGACAAAUUUUUUAAUCAAAAUGUCCGUUUUAUCCAAUUGUACUAGUUUAGAUUAGUUAUCACGCACGAUUGUAUGUUGUAAAUUAGGCUAGAAAUUUUAGUGAUCUCUUUUGUUAUAGUCAAUGAAGGAGUGUACAUGUUAGUUUAAAGUGUACAAUAAUGUUCCUGAACAAUAGUUAAGUGUAUUUCAAAAUGUUUUAUCCCAAUUGCAAAGACUAUUAAGAUCUGCGAAAUGUGGGUUUGAUACUUGAUUACUAGCUAUAUUAUUUUUCAAAAUAUUCCUUCUAAUUUGAAAGAGAAUUUCAUGAUAUAAUUCUAUAUUAUUCUCUAAACCGUUAUUUUUUCAAAUUAAUUCCAAGUUGAACUUGGAAACCAAAAUGUAUUCUGAAUUAUUGACGAAGAAAACUAUUCAGUACUAUAGUGAUUUUGUAUCUUUUACAGAGAAUUUAGAAUUGAUACAUGUCCACAAGUGGGAUUGUAGUCUCUGUUACAUUUCUUGUUAUUUUUAUCUCUUGUAUAUUCUUACUCUUUUCUAAGUAUUUAGAUUUAUGCUUUAAGAAAAUCUUACUUCUACUUUACCGGUACUUAUAUAUUUAUCUUUCAGUUUCACAUAUCCACAAAUAAAUAAUGUUGAAUUUCCAUUUCACUAUGGCCUAAAAUGGAGGAAAAUGUUGACAACUCUCUUGUUAGUCAUGUUUCUAAACUUGAAAUAAUUUGUGUCAAGAGCUACUAUUUAAUCACUGCCUGAGAAAAUUAUUUUAUCAUCUAUUUAUCUUUUUACGGUGCAUUAUCCACAUCCAAUGUAGAGCUAUUUAUUAAAGAUGCAUAUCAAUAUCAUUAUGUAGCGGAUUUGUAUUAUUUUCUCAAAAAUUAUUUCCAUGUGUUUCAUGUAAUGAAUAAUCUGAUCUAUUACAUCUACAUGAUCACCUUUCAUCUUCAAAAUCACUGAAAUUGUCAUUCCACAUAAUAUUAUAGAGUAGUUUUCCAAUAUUGUUUUGUAUAAUUGAAAAUACCUAUUUAAUUACUUUCACUGGAAUAUAUAUCUUAAGAACAAUUGUACUGCCAAUUGCAUUUAUAUGCAAUCUAGUUAUCAUUUUAGUAUUUUCUAAUUUAUUAAGACUCACAGCGCCAUAUAUGUGUUGAAAUAAUCCAAUUUUUUAUAUACAAAUUCAAAAUACAGUAGUUUUAAAUAAUUUCAUAGUUAUUAGGUACUGCAUCAAUGUCGUAUACUAUUGUAAAAUACUAGUUGUACAUAUUGUACAUUUUUAAUUACUACAUUGUCUUUCUAUGUAUAUAUAGAUUAGUUACUAUAUAAUUUAUAUAUUGAAAUUACACAGAUAUAUUGUCUGUUAUAUUGAGUCACUGUGUGCUUAUUAUUAUAAUUAUGAUGAAUUAUAUUAUUAUUAUUAUUGUAAUGAUAUUACUCUUUGCCGAAUGGAAUCUGUAAUUUUCAUUGUAUGAUAUCAUGAUUAUAUUUUUACAAUAUGCGCAACCAAAAUAUGUUCUGUUUUAUGUGUUAUUAUUUAAAAGUGUAAAUUUUCACUUAAAUUUGAGAACGUCUAAAGAUGUGCUUGCACUGUGUAGUAAACCAGGUUCGAAGGUUUUGCAAACCAGUAAUAAGUUACAUUAAAAAGUAGGAAAAUCAUUGAAAACCUUCUAAAAAGAUUUAUUCAUAGCUGUAUAAGGCCUCAAGUGGUAUAUCUUACAUCAUGAGUUCAAUUUACUAAUCUUGACAAAAUAGAUUGCCUUCAGUCUCUUCACUUCAUUGUGUAACCACAUCUUUGGAAUAUGAUUGUUUCAAGAAAUAUAAUAUUUUAUUUAGCAUUCAUUGAAAGCAAGGAAUGACUUGCAUUCUUGUGAUAACGAUAUUGAAAUUUUCCUUUGCACUUAUCGUUGAGCGAAAAGUGACAAGAAAAGUAGUUUUGAAGAAAUGUUUGUAUUUCUUCAAUAUGCAAAUAUAAAAUCACUAUAAAUUUGAUAAUUAUUAGAAAAUACAUUCAAUAGCGAUCUAUUCCACAUACAGUUCUGCUCGAUGGUUCUAGAGUCGUCACAUUAAUUUGUGAUUUAUUUCCUCAAAUGUUGAAAUAUUAUUCCAUCGUCAUUCCACAAAAUUAUCUUUAAGGUUCAAAAACUAGAAACAGUAGGUAUCAUUUUUGUGUGAAUCGUUAACAUUUUUUUAGUUCACACAUGUUAGCCUAUUAUACGGUAAUAAAAUGAUUGUCAAUAACAUAAAUACCAAUACAACUCAAUGCCAAUAAAAAUUUCAUCAUCUAUUUUAUACAAAUGGAUAAAUAAAUGAAUUGUCGAUGUACGAUUACACCUCCAGAAUGUUAAAUUUUACUUACCGUACUAUCUUCAUAAACAGAAAAUAAUCGUACCGUACCCAAACUACUUCGAAAUUUUACAUUCCAUAAAAAUGAUUCAUCAUAUCAGUAUCCUAAUAGGAAAUAAGUUCAGUAACCUUAAUAAUUUAUCAAUGCAUUACUUUGUAUUUUAUUGUAUGAUAUACAUCAGUUAAAGAAAGGGUACAAAUUAUUCAAAAAUAUUGAACAAAUAAAUUUUUCCAAAAAGUUUCACACUUGAAUCAAUAAUUCAAAUUGUUUUAUAUUAUAUUGUAUUUAUUUCGUGAGACUUUUAAUUACUAUUUAAAAUUCUUUGAGCAAUCAAACACACAAUAUGGGUGCAAUCUUAUGUUUGCUAUUUUGAUUCAAUGAGCUUAAAUGACUGAAUUCAUGUCUAAUGUAAAUAUAUUAUAGAAUAGUCAAUUUGUAAAAUGAAAUUCUGUUUCUGUUGAUAUGUAUAUAUAUAUAUAUUAUGAUAACUGUACGAUUUUAUAUAUUUAAAUGAAUGUUAUUGUUAUGGAAAAUUCUCGUAAAUCUUAUCCAGUAGCUAUUAGAUUUUAUAGUUAGGACAAUUAUUAUUACUAUACUAUUUUAGAUAAAUUUUCAUAAAGAAAAAGUCUGAUUUGUACUGUUAAGUGUAAUUAUUAUUCAGGAAUACCAUGUUACAUGUAUUCGUGUAUUAAAAAUUUUGUAUUGUGAAUUCUGUUGAUAUUAUGAACACCUCAAGGAAAACAAGCAUGAAUAGACUAUAUGAUGUACGGUAAUCUAGAACAAAUACAGUUUCAAAUAAAUUUGGUUGAUCAACGACACCA